AUGCCUAAAGAUGAAGUGAGGAGGGAUCCGGAGAGAUGUGUACGGGCCGAUGCGAGGAAAAAUGAUAGGGUCCUGAAAGACCUGCCGGCCGGGCAGUCUCUGCCACAUUCCGAAGAUCCGUGGGCUUAUUGGUUGACGGAGGGUGACAAGGUGUAG